CAUUGAGAACAAGAAAAUCACAAAAUCAAAGAUACUUUUAAACAUUUGAUUUAUUCCAUUAAGGAAAAAUAGAGUUGAUACCAAAGUAAAAUGGGGAACUCUGGUUUGAAACAGCAUUACGAGACCGCAAAGAAGACCGGCGCGUUAAAUCUUUCGAAGAAAAAGCUUGACGAAUUUCCGCAGAAUCUACAUGCCUCGGCGCCGUUGUUACGUACACUGGAUUUAUCCGAAAACAAAUUCGUUCAAAUUCCUACUGAUAUCCGCAACUUUACGUUGCUGAAGCAAUUAAAUAUCAGUCAUAAUAAACUGACUGUUUUACCAGAUGCUUUCGGGGCACUGACCAAACUUGAAGUUUUAAAUGCAGCAUCGAAUCACAUCAAAAGUAUUCCUUGGUCUUUGCAGAAACUAACACGCUUAAAACAGGUCAACCUCUCAGAGAAUCAGAUUAUCGAAUUCCCCCUAAUGUUUUGUGAUUUAAAGUUCUUGGACGUGCUCGACGUAUCUCAGAAUCGAAUUACAACGAUUCCCGACGCUGCCGCAGCAUUGCAUGUGGUUGAACUUAACCUCAAUCAGAAUCAGAUAUCGACGCUUUCUGAGAAACUGGCGGAAUGUCCGCGCUUGAAAACACUAAGACUGGAAGAGAAUUGUUUGCAAUUGAACGGCAUACCUAUUAAAAUUUUAAAAGAUUCGAAAGUUUCGGUAUUAGCCCUUGAGGGGAAUUUAUUUGAGAUGAAGCAACUUGCCGAUCUCGAUGGUUAUGACAACUACAUGGAAAGGUAUACAGCGGUGAAGAAAAAAAUGUUUUAA